AUGAAACUAAAGUUCUUGUAUAACAGUUUAAAACGUAACGCAUUAAAAACUUUUUAUGAAAAUAAUCAAGUUUUAAAACAAACACAUAUAUUAGUUGAUUAUAAAGAUACCUCCUCAUCAGAUUUAAUUCCAAAUCGCUUAUUGACUUUAAAUUUAAGAAAUAUGUUUGAACAUUCAACCAAAAAUAUAACAAGUCCUAUAUACAUAUCAGAUGAUGAAUUAGCAUCAGAUAUAGAAUCAAUAUCAGAUAAUUUAAAUAAAAAUAAUACAGAAUCAUUAUCAGAUAAUCUAAAUAAAAAUACUGCAGAAGAUUCAGACCCAAAUA